AUGGCUCCGAAUUAUUCUCAGCCCAGGGUGGACCCUGUAGAAAAAAGAUUCACGAGCUACGCCGUUGGAGAAAAUGAUACAGCCUCGUACCAAGUCCCGACUACACUUAGCAAGCAUUCCUACCCCGAGAUACGUACCAGCAACAUCUGGCGAGAGAACGAAGAGAACGAUUACUUUCCGACUUCUCAUCAUGAUCUCACCAGCAAAAACUCCCGCGCCUCACUCGCCUCGACAUCGAGACGGAGCUCAGCUGCUCCUAGCAUCUUUUCGACUGCUGGCUUGAGGAUUUCCACUGCCUCGACGGUAUACUCGCGGUACUCGGUUCGACAACACUCCCUGGACUCAGCGGACCCUAUGUCGUCUGCAACACCUUGGGGUUCUGAAAGAUGCGAUGACGGCUACAACACUGACGACUACCCACUUCGUUACUGUUGCACGUUUUGCGACGCCAUGUUUGCGUGUCCCGUACAGUGGAGGGACCAUGAACUCAAGGACCACGACCGACCUGAGGAGCACAUGUGCUCCAUUUGCAACGAUACUUUUCCAGAGGGGCCAUCUAUUGCAUUCCAUCGCCGAUAUGUCCACAGCCUCUCUUCUCCCCAAACGACUGAACACAUGGUCAAGCUACCAACAAGAGGAGCUUGGGGCUGUGGAUUCUGCGGUGCCUUUGCGGAAUCACGUCAUGACUAUCUCGAUCAUGUUGGCAGGCACUGUGAAGAGGGCAUGCAAAGAGUCCAUUGGCAGCACUCUUCUGUGAUUCGUGGCCUCCUGAAACAGCCAAAGAUCGCGGAAGCAUGGAACCGUCUGGUUUCGAAUCAAGAGCAGGAGCGAGGUACCAAGUUGCACUUUACGUGGGAUGAACAGGCGACCGGGCGACAAGCAACCACGGAGGUCGAUGCCUGCAACCCCUCUCGGCUGCAGGAUGUACUCGAGUUCUUCUCAAACAACUCUUCGGACCCCCAGAGCAUCGUGCAAAAUGUCUUUGACGUGGCUCAAAUAAGGACGGAACAGAAAGUCAGCAGUCAUGUCAAGGCAUACUACCCCACGUCACUACGCCCGUUAUCAGAGAGUCCAGACGACAUUGCCUUAUUUCUAGUUGACGGGAUGGGCCGCCUAACCGUCGGACCACCCCAGAUCGAUGAAGGUUAUCCGGACAAUCCUUUUCCGUGCGAUUCUUGUCUAAUCCCGGUGUCAUCGACCAGGGCGGUUUCCAUUGCAACGUUUCCUGAUCAAACCACUGCGGCAGAAUCACUGUUUGCCGGUUGGAAUCCAUACGCUCAUGCCCAACCCAAUUCAAGCCAGACUCGGGAAAAGGACAUCGCACCGCAUCGCACAAGCCAACCAAGCACUACGGAAAGCACUUCGCUUAUUGUGCCCAAGACCAAUGUAGUUUCACAAUUGAAGCCGAUUUCGACACCAUUGGGAAAAGGGCUACGCCGGAUAGAUAGCGAUAGGCAUCUUCAUGCUCUCAAACCUGGAGCUGUGGCCUUGCCCCGAGGAGAAGAUAUCGAACGUCCACGGACUGCUUUGGCCGCAGAUUACGCCGGAGUCGGAACAUCAGUAUCUGCAGAACAUGACGUAGAGGCUACUCAGCAGCCAUCCCUUUCAGACGCUCUGCUUGAACUUGAUCCAAGGAACAGCGUAGUUCGCAAGGACUGGCUGCUCGUUCCGAAAGGGAGCCGCUCUUCAGUUGGGUCACCGUCUGUCUCAAGUAUGCAUUCUGGCAACGCCAGGAACAGAUUAUUGACCCUCGAUGAUAGCACCAGUGAACGUGUCUCGGAGGACAGUUUAUCUGAUCCAGAUCUCUUCGCAGAACAUGACAUCAGUAACGAUAGCAGCAGAGCUUGGAGGAAAGCCUAUCAGCAGGCCAUCAACCUGGUGCUACAACGACUCUGGUCCCAGUAUAAUGAAAACUGGGAGGCAUUGAUCAGAUCAUGCGUCGGGAGUGUAGGGAGCAGUAACGCCGACAGGAUGGAUCCAUAUCGAGCUGGGAAGGCCACACCGUCUCGCCGAAGGCCGGGCGGAACCCUUCGACCCCCAAGUUCGCGGCGGACCCCCGACGACGAUGACGACGAAGAAGAUGAUGACGGUAGUCAACCGUCGCCCUAUCCCUCCAGGCCUGGGUCCGCAGCAUCGAAGAGAUUUGCUUGUCCGUUCCGUAAGCACAACCCGGAAAAAUACAACCGUGUGGACUAUGAUAUCUGCGCCAACAAGGACUGGCCGACCAUUCCAAGACUGAAGGAGCAUCUGUAUCGAAGACACUACAAGAUCCAUUGCCAACGGUGCAAGCAGACUUUCAGCGAUGCGAGACAGCUCACCAUUCACGAGAUGGCCCCAGAAGCCUGCGAACUCCUCGAUAUCAAGCCGCCUGGAGACAUUACCACAUCACAAGAACGACAGCUCAAGUCUAGGAAGCAUACACAUCGGCGCCAGAGCGACGAGGAGAAAUGGAGGGAGAUUUAUCGACUACUAUUCCCCAAUGAUAUUAUGCCGUCACCUUAUCCCGAAUACGCAGAAGAUUUCCAGCCUAUGGGCACCGAGUCUCGAAACGUUCUCGAAUUCCAACACUACCUGUUGACGGAAAUGCCCCGGCUUUUCACACAAGCGGCCUACGAAUACGCCGGACAACACAUACAAGAUCAAGUGCUGCUCCGGGUUGACGACGUCAACAAGAUCAUCGAAGAUACCCUGCAACAAGCCUACGACACGUGGACAUUACAAGGGCGUCUGCUGCCGCCGAACAUCAGCCCGUCCAUUUCGAUGCGUGAGUUCCCAGCGGCACCGGCUCCCCCGGCUGGGCAUCUGACCAGCAUGCCAUCGACUACCUGGUCCGAAACGCCUAUGCCGCCUCCCCCGUACAUGCAGGAACAGUCGGCGUCCUCUUUUCUGCCCAAUACCUCCGCUCCCGAGUAUGCACUUUUCCCUAUCGCAUCUGAUAUGGAGGCCAUGCUCACCCUCGACGACAUCGACAUACCUGUCUCCAAUCCAGCUGGGUCUGCGCCGAGCUACACGAGCAGCUACACGAAUAAUGAAUACAUGACGACAGGGCCUGACGUGCAGUAUACUGGCGCUGGCUUCUGUCCUUACAAUGGUAACCCGGGCGGGAAUCCGAAUUGGUUCUAA